AUGAAUGAUCCUUUUGCCCACGUCAUCUACACCAAGGAGUUUAUCCACAAAUGCCGUGGCUAUCCAUUUUGGCAUCCAGAGCCAGAUUCUUUCGCACCGGACGAGUUCCAGAUACGGGGCAUAUUGCCUGGAGAUGUCGGGAUCAUUAACAAAGACGGAGGCUUCGACUUUCUCUUCAGCAUCUUCGGGAACGCUGAUGGUCUAGUCGUCGGAAAUGCACCUCCUGGCCUUCAACCUCUCCCUACACCAGACCAACCAGAGGUACAAGCUUAUCCGGAGCUCUGGAAUGUUCUUAAAAAUGUUCCUGCUGAGAGUUUUCCCGGCAUUGUGGAUACUGGCGUGGCCUUUGAUGUUAGUACCUCAGAGGAUCCCACAGCAAUCUUGCACCUUCCAAAUUAUUCGACAAGGUAUGAGACUAUGAAUGAAGCCUUCUUCCAAAACUACGCUCGACAAUAUGGAGUAUCAUGGUACAACCAUGCCAACGGAACCUUGGGUCGGAAUGUGCGAAAUGGAUUUUUGUAUCUUGUAACCGGGUGCGACAAAACAGCUACUUGGGGAAACGCAGUCAUCAGAAAGACAGAUUGGUCUUUCACGUUUUAUCUCAAGUGUACUUUGGAAAAUGUGGAUGGGGAAACAGUUAAAGUUGCAAAUGAGUGGAUCGAUGAUGCUGGAGUGGAGGACGGCUUAUUCCCGAAUCCUUACGCCACUUACCCUUAUCCAAUAGGUCUUCAGAACCAGUGCAUAUUCGCACAGGGUUUUACCAUAUCGCUUUCAGAAAAAUUGUUCCGCAAAACGUGGUUGGCAGUUCCUCAUUUCAUCAAAGGCUCCCCCGAAGAUAGGCUUCCCUCUUUCGAUAGUAACAAGGUACCUCACCCGCCGAGCGACGGAAAGACUAGAUUUUCGACUUAUCUUUCCUCGUUCAUUGGUUCCAAGACGGUACUAAACAACUCGGACUCGGACCAGAGAAGGAUGAUGGCAGAGAACGCUGACUCCCAUGGAUCGUUUAUCGCAGAAGUACCUGAAUUUCCACCUCUGGGAAACCAGAUCUUGAAUCCUUCAAUGGUAAUGAAUGAAUACUUGUUGAGCAAGGACCCUUCCCUCGAGAUAGUAGUCACGCACGACAAAGAGUGGAUGGACGUCAUGAAAAAGUACGAGAAGGAUAUGUACUUAACAGAAGAGGAACUCUGGUGCAAAUUAAAAGAUUCAUUGGAUGCCAAGCUGUCCAGCAACGUUUAUCAAACUCCCUCACACCCGUCUCGACUUUGGACCGGCAUUGACGCAUAUUCAAGCUUUCCGCCACAUAGUUGUGUAUCAGAUACUACUAGGAAGGUUGCCGUGUUAAUCUGAAGAUUGGGCUCUGAGAAGUACGAGUUCCUCUGAAUGCGGAGGAGAGAGUGGACAUCCUCAGGUUGACAUGUGCGGGGAUGAACGCAAUGGAGCACGGGUGUAAGUGUGCGCGGGUGGUAUGUGCAGGAGGUGCACAAACCCUAACCCAGGGGAAGAAACGAGGAGUGGAGGGAGCAAGAGGCUGAUUGUUCGCAUCACAGAAAGCUUGGCGGUGAGCGAAGCGCCGUCAGAACUGAAUCUCCUCUAGGUAAUGCCCCAUUAAUUGAAGUCAAGGGCAGGUGUUAUAUCGAAAUGUCGUCGUGUCAGAAUUGGUCCCGAAGCAAUGGAUUGCACUGUAGGAAGGCUAGGUAGCGUGAAAGUGAUCGAAGAGUAAACAUUGUUGAGAGUAGCAUAUGGUAGUACUAAGUAGUGGUGUUACCGGCGGCAGGUCCCAAUAAAAGGAACAGCCGAGUCAUGUGCUGUGGCUGUGAAGUUC